CACAUGCAGACAGAGGGAGAGGGGGGAUGAACGAGGUGCACACAUGUGAGGAUCUCCUGAACUGCCGGGGCAAGGCAGGACUGGUGAAGAGAGAAGAGGAAGAAGAGGAGGAGGAAUAGAGGAAUACUGCAGUGAUCGGCCAGCUUCUCUCCCUCUCUCUCUCACUCUCUCUCGCUGCUUCACUGCUUUCAUCACCCUGUCUUCUUCAUCCCCUUUUCUCCCCUCUGCCAAUUAUACCAUGAACCUGCCUGCUGCUUGUUGCUAAGGGGGAGCCAGCCGGGGGAGCCGAGUGGACCAGGCAUUAUUUUGUAUCUAAGGACUGAGUGAAAAUGGCGGAGGGUUCCAAAGACCAGGGAGGUGUGGGCACCAGCGAUCCAGAGGAGGACUCUCCCAAUAUGAUCGUCUACAGAAAGAUUGAAGACAUUGUUACACGAAUACAAGAUGAGAAAGCAGGAGGUGUCGCCAUCCGGACUGUCAAAAGCUUCCUCUCCAAGAUCCCCAGCGUGGUGUCAGGAGCGGACAUUGUUGCGUGGCUGAUGAAAAACCUCUCCAUUGAGGACAUAGCUGAAGCCAUCCACCUCGGGAGUUUGGUCGCUGCCCAUGGCUACAUCUUCCCCAUCUCUGACCAUGUGCUGACCCUUAAAGAUGAUGGAACCCUUUAUCGCUUUCAGUCUCCUUACUUCUGGCCUUCAAACUGCUGGGAGCCGGAGAACACAGACUAUGCCAUUUACCUGUGCAAGCGCACCAUGCAGAAUAAGGCCAGGCUCGAGCUAGCUGACUACGAAGCCGAGAACCUCGCCCGGCUACAGAGGGCUUUCGCCAGGAAGUGGGAAUUUAUCUUCAUGCAAGCUGAGGCUCAAGUCAAGAUUGACAGGAAGAAGGACAAGGCAGAGAGGAAGAUCCUGGACAGCCAGGAGAGGGCAUUCUGGGACGUCCAUCGGCCAGUGCCAGGCUGUGUCAACACGACAGAGAUGGACAUCCGCAAGUGCCGGAGAGAGAAGAACCCACACAGGGUAAAAAAGUCGGUCUACGGGGUUCCAGAUGACGGCCAGAGCCAGCCGAGUCCGGUCCACAUCAGCUCCCAGCCGAGCAGGAAGCCCACCAAAGAGGACAUUCAGAAGGAGAUUUCCUUCUUGAACAUCCAGCUGGACAGACACUGUAUGAAGGUUUCCAAAGUGGCCGACAGUCUGAUGAGCUACACGGAGCAGUUCAUGGAAUAUGACCCCUUCGUGUCGGCCACGGAGCCUUCAAACCCCUGGAUCGGUGACGACUCGUCCUACUGGGACCUGGAGGCGAGUCGUGACCCCAACCAGCAGCGUGUGAAGAAAUGGGGCUUUUCUCUGGAGGAGGCGCUGAAAGAUCCAGCAGGACGAGACCAGUUCCUGAAGUUCCUCGAGUCAGAGUUCAGCUCAGAGAACCUGCGCUUCUGGUUGGCGGUACAGGAUCUGAAGCGGCGGCCUCUCCAGGAAGUGUCCUCCAGGGCGCAGGAGAUCUGGCAGGAGUUCCUGGCGGAGGGAGCGCCCAGCUCUAUCAACCUGGACUCCCACAGCUACGAGCGCACCAGCCAGAACCUCAAAGACCCCGGACGAUACAGCUACGAGGACGCUCAGGAGCACAUAUUCAAGCUAAUGAAAAGUGACAGCUAUGCACGCUUUCUGCGAUCCAACAUCUACCAAGACCUCCUGUUAGCCAGAAAGAAGCAGCCAGCAGACACUGAACAGGGCCGCCGCACCUCCCUGGAGAAGUUCACGCGCAGUGUGGGCAAGUCAUUGACGGGAAAGCGCCUGACAGGCCUCAUGCAGUCGUCCUGACACAGCCUGUGCUGGAGGGGCACAGCCAGACCCUGUCGGGGGGGGGGGCAGCCACACAGGGGCCGGGGCACAGACAGUGAAGCUGGGCUGGACAGGGCUGCUCCCAGGACUGCUGCUGUACUGGUAGUGCAGCACUGGGCCUGAAGGGGGGGGGGGGGGCCCCAAACAGAACCACUGAAGAAGAGACAAUGCUGACAAGAGGAACCUCAGCCAACACUCCACAUGGCAUGCAGCAUACAGUAUAAGCACAUUCAGACUAGGGCUGCCCUCUUCUCACCACUUAGAUGGCAAACUGGUUGUUAGGCUCUUUGUUGACUGAGCUUAUCAGUUUGUAUUGUUUUCAUUUGGUUUUAUAUACGUGUUUAUUUGGAUAUUAAAAGCACAUUGGUGGUGUCAAAACAAUAUUCUUUGAUAAAAAACAACAUUUAAAAGCUAUUUUCCACAGCAUUUGCCAUGAAUCGAUUAUUGGUUUAGUUGUCCUAAAACAGCUGCGGCCAAAGAGGCACAUCAACACAAAUCUACAAUAUUUUGCAUAAGUCUCUACUCACAAGGCAGACAGCAAUAAAAAAAAGUGAGACCACUUUUUAUUUUUAAGAAAUAUAUCCUUUUUAUAUCCUUAGAAUUUCUAUUAUAUCUGUUACUUAUAAGUCACAUGAAAUGUCAGUUAAAUAGUGAACAUAGUUCAUACAAACUUGUUUUUUUUCCCAUAAAUGAUAUUUAACAAUGUCUACAAAAUAGAGGUUUGAAGGUUUAACUUUCCAUGCUUCAUUACAUUCCAAAAUCUGGCAAAAGGGCUUAAUGUAGCAUUCACAAUGCACCGUUGCAUGUUUCAUCCAAUGUCUUUGUGGAGGAUUUCUUGUUUCUACAACAGUGCUUUGUAAUGAGACUUAAAGCAAAGAUUAACUUAAACUAGUUGGCAAAUUGGGUCAAUGAAUUUCGAGGCUUCAAGUUCCAAAAAAUUCAGGCUGCACAGGCGAAUAAGCAAAAUCCAAAAGUCUGUGUAAAUAACUGAGACAUUUGACUUACUAACACGGCCCCCCUGGUUGUGUGGACCGCAGAGAUUUGAGCUUUUACUCUUCCUUUAGUCACAGUCGUAGUGUGGACAGCCACAAGUGAAGUGUCAUCCAUGUCCGUUUUGGGGGCUCCUAUGUGUAGUUUUUACAAUUUCCAGUGCCAUGGGUCCAUCUAGUGGUGGGUAAACCACAGGACCAGCAACAGAGUGUUACAAUACUGUAUUAAUUCAACGGUGUUAAUCAAGGGACAUCAUGAUAUCAACACUAUAACAUGUUUUCCAAUCAUGGAGAUAUUCCAGGCCUGCUCCCAAUAUGGGAUCAUAUUAGUUUUGUUCUUUUGCUUUUUAAAUGCAUGAAUAUCUCAUCUUUUGUUUGGUCAAAACAAUUAAUCCUGCCCAUUUUAGUUUGGCAACAUGUAUGCCGAGACUCAUUUAAUAAUUAUCUUUUGUUUAAAUGACUAUUGGGAAUAUGGUGCAUGUUAUUGGACUGUAAUGAAGAUAGGGGAAGAUGGUGCGACUCUCCAAAGGCACACAGUCGAGGAAAAGCCCUCAACUGGAGCAACACUCCUCAGUUGACGAAAAUGAAAGCCGUGAAAUGCAUCUGGGACGAUGUUGCACAUGUAAUGGGCUCCAAACAUUGAACAUUAAGGCAACUGCUCAACUGACGGCUGCAAACUGAUUGAGAAGAUGUCCUACAGCGCCCCCAUGAGGCCAGUGACUGCUGCAGUGGCAGUGCUGAAUGAAUGAAUGAAUGAAUGAAUCACUUAUUACUUUCUAUUUAAGUUGUUGCAAUGCACUGUACAGGCCAUAUUAAUAAUCAUCAUAACCCAAUAACCUCUUGAUUAUAAGGUAGAGAGAAAUGCUUAUCAAGAGACGAUGUACCAAAUGUUAUUCUCAGCACAAGCACAAUGACUACAGGGUGCAUUGUAGAUGUAAAUUGGCUAAAUUUCAUUAUCCUAAAGCACACUUUAUUAUGAUAUGGGCACAUUACUAUGCAUGUAACAUAUUCAGGGCAUUUUGUGCUUUUAGUUUCUCAAUCAGCAAGAUGACUACUGGCACUCUAAAACACUCAAGCACCUGCUGUUUAUUCAUGGGUACCAAAUAAUAAAACUCUGGACCUGUC